AUGGCUCGGUCAACGAAAUCUUCGUCCUCGGACACAAUCAACGACAGGACAAUCCAACCAGUAACAUCAACAGAUCCAGAGAAACAAAGUCGACAGCCGACAGCCAAAACUGAAGCAAACAUUCACCCAGAGCCUAUCAAUGCUGUCGAAGCAGAUCUCGAGCGUGGUGACGAUGAGAAGAAACAGCAACAGCCCCCUGCAGGUCCUCCACCUGGAAUGGCCCCGGCAGAUUUCCCUGAUGGAGGACUUGAGGCCUGGCUUGUCGUCUUUGGAGGUUGGUGUGCUCUGUUCUGUACAUUCGGACUCGUGAACUGUGUUGGCGUCUUUCAGAAAUACUACGUUUCUGGGCCACUUAGAGACCACGACAGUUCUGCCGUUAGCUGGAUUAUGUCUGUCGAGGUGUUCUUCAUGGUAUUUUGCAGUGCUAUUUUUGGUCGUCUGUUUGAUACCUAUGGCCCCAAGUAUCUCCUAUGGUGUGGCACUCUCGCAUACGUCUUCGGUCUCAUGAUGGUGUCCUUGUCAAAAGAAUACUACCAGUUCUUCCUCGCACAGUCCAUCGUCGCAUCCAUUGGAUCCAGCGCUGUCUUCAACGCCUCCAUGUCUUCACUGGUCACUUGGUUCUUCAGAAGGCGUGCAGCUGCUUUCGGUAUCAUGGUCUCGGGAUCGUCUCUCGGAGGUGUCGUUCUCCCAAUCAUGAUGGACAAAAUGAUCAACAGCGUAGGCUUUCCCUGGAUGAUGCGCACGAUGGCUUUCAUGUUCCUCGUUCUGCUGGGUAUUGCUUGCUUCACUGUCAAGUCUCGUCUGCCUCCUCGCCCCAAGCCUUUCGUCUUCAUGGAAUACAUCAGCGGUCUUCGAGAGAUCCCUAUCCUCAUCACUGUCAUUGGUUUCUUCCUCUUUAUGUGGGGAAUGUUUCUUCCUUUCAACUAUGUCCUGCUUCAGGCGCAGGCUGCAGGCAUGUCUGAAUCGUUAAUCCCUUAUCUGUUGCCCAUCCUCAAUGCUGUCAGCAUCUUGGGUCGUAUCAUCCCAGGCAUCAUCGCCGACAAGCUUGGUCGAUACAACGUCAUGAUCGCCAUCACAUUCAUCUCUGCUCUUUUCUGCUUGUGUGUUUGGAUUCCAGUGAAAAACACAGCCGGCAUCGUUGUCUUCGCCGUGAUCUUUGGUUUCUCCUCGGGCGGAUACAUCAGUCUUGUUCCAACUCUUAUCGCCCAGCUGUCCGAUAUUCGCCAAAUUGGUACUCGUGUUGGCACAGCGUUUGCCAUUGCAUCUUUCGGUGCUCUGACGGGAAGCCCUAUUGGAGGUGCGAUCGUAUCCGCACAGGACGGCGACUAUCUUGGUCUGCAGCUUUUCUCUGGCUGCUCUAUGCUGGCCGGCUGCAUCGCCUUUGUUUGUGCACGUUAUGUGCAGGUUGGUUUCAAGCUUGUCAAGGUUUGA